GCUUGAACCGAUCCAGAUACCAAUUAUCUGAGUUAUCGUUAAGGUGUUAGAGGCCCUGAAUCAGAGGAUAAACAAAUCAACAAUGGAGAACAGACUCUCUACAUCUCUUGGUUUUCCAUCGCCAAAUUCCAACUAUCAUCGAAGUUUCUCUGAUUUCGACAGCCUUUUCAAUCACUUCUCCGGCCUCUUAUCCCUUCCCAAUCUCCAGACCAUAAGCCCUAACAAAUCCUCCAAGAAUAAAUCCAUGAACAACAACAGAAACAAGACCAAUGGUGUCUGCUUCUCUUCAACUUCCCUGUCCGUGGAGAACCACCUCAUAUCUUCAUCCGUUCCAAUCCAAGACCCAAAACCCGCAUCUCAUAAAUGGCUGAAACUGCAAUCCGCAUCAAAGGGAAGCUCAAAAGUGCAGACACUGAUCAAAAACCUGUCGGUCUUCGAAAGGGCUCUCAUUGGGGCGGGCGCAGGAGGGAUAGCUGGUGCUUUCACUUACGUCUGUCUUCUCCCUCUUGACACCAUCAAAACGAAGCUCCAGACAAAAGGGGCGGCCCAGAUGUACAAAGGUACUUUCGAUGCCAUUGCCAAAACCUUCCAAACAAAAGGAAUUAUGGGUUUCUACAGCGGCGUAUCUGCCGUUAUUAUCGGCUCUACUUUUUCAUCUGCUGUGUACUUUGGGACUUGCGAGUUUGGUAAGUCGAUCCUAUCAAAAUCGUCGCAAUACCCUGCUGUGCUCAUCCCUCCUACAGCUGGUGCUAUGGGAAACAUUGUCUCCUCUGCCAUAAUGGUGCCCAAGGAGCUUAUUACUCAGAGAAUGCAAGCGGGGGCAGUUGGGAGGUCUUGGGAGGUCCUUUUCAGGAUUCUAGAGAAAGAUGGGGUUUUGGGUCUUUAUGCUGGUUAUUCUGCCACUUUGCUCAGGAAUUUACCUGCUGGGAUUUUGAGUUAUUCUUCUUUUGAGUACUUGAAAGCUGCUGUUUUGAGCAGAACGAAGAAGGGUCACUUGGAACCUUUUCAUAGCGUUUGUUGUGGCGCUUUGGCUGGGGCAAUUUCAGCUUCUUUCACUACGCCUCUGGAUGUGGUGAAGACGAGGUUGAUGACUCAGGUUCAGGUGGAGGCCAAGAAUAAGGUUGCUCUUGGUAUGCACAGUGGGGUUUCAGCAACAGUAAAGCAGAUUUUGAAGGAAGAAGGAUGGGUAGGACUGACCCGUGGAAUGGGUCCCCGGGUUCUUCACAGUGCGUGUUUUGCAGCUUUGGGUUACUUUGCUUUUGAGACUGCUAGACUUACGCUGUUGCAUCAGUAUCUCCAAAGGAACGAGAUGGACCUAGAGGUCCUAGAGUCGCCCUGAUUGAUUCUAAUAAUGAUAAUAAAUAUAUGUAAAGAUGAGAGACCCAGCUGUUGCAGGCGGUAAUUUAUCAUUUAAUUCAAUGUGAUGCUCUCUUUUGCUGAGAUCCAUUUUGAAGUUGAGUGACUUUCUCCCCUCUUGCUAUGUGUUUUUGGGUAUUUGGAGGCUUUAUUAUGGUUGUAUACAUUGUAAUAAGUUACCUUUCCUGUAUAUUCAUAAUCUCUCAUUCGUUAUGGUUUUAUUAUUUUUCUCUGCAAACAGAUAAUCAUCUUUAUUAAUAUUUUCUACGGAAUUCUCAUAUUGGA